AUGAAGAACCCGACAUCUACCCGCCCAAACCUCAAGCUCCUCGAAGAAUGCUUCGAAGGCAGUAAACAACAGUUCCUAUCCUUUGUCGACACGACUUUACAAGGCUACCAUGAUCAAAACCUCUGCAUACAAGAACUCGUCCUCCGGAUAUCAACAUCCGAUCCCGACUCUGUUUUGCUCCUCGAAAAGUGGAUUCCGGCGGCCGUGCAGAUAUUGGGUGUGCGCAAGCUCAACCUCACGUGCAAAUCGGCACUCUUUGAUCUCCCGCCGCACGUUUUCCAAUCUGGGCCGAUCACGUUCCUCACAGAAUUGUACCUUGAGAGUUGCAGGUUAAGCCGAAUUAGCUCCACGGCCAAGGUACAACCCUUGAAGCAUCUACAGAGACUUUCUCUCAAGAGGGUCCGCUUUACAGACGAGACGCUCGACAAUAUAACCUUGAGCUGCCCCAUGAUCGACCACUUGUCCCUCGACGAAUGCGAGGGCUUGGGGGACAACAUCAGGGUGAACAAACUCAGCAAACUAAAGGAAUUUACUUUCAAGGAACUGCGUAGAAAAGCCGGGCGGCCCGAAAUCGAAAUCGACGCCCCACGAGCAGAGACUAUCAAGAUUUGGGGAUUUUCCAGCUGGUCCCACCACAGCAAAUCAUUCCCCAAUCUCAAAUCCCUACACCUGUUCAGAGUCCACCUGUCCGAAAGCUCGUUCGAGGCCUUCUCGUGCGGCCUCCCCUGUCUCGUGCUGCUCAACCUCAUUCUCUGCCAUGGAUUGGAGGAAUUCCAGCUGUCGAGCAGGUCGAUCAAGGAGCUGGUGAUUAAGGUCGCGGGCCCCAUCCGGGCAGCCCGUGUGGAUGCCCCGAAUAUGAGCAGUUUUCGGUUCUCGAGCAAUUUUGUACCGGCAAUCUCUUUCUCGACGGGCUCCGGACGCGAGUGGGAGUCACGCGUGGUACUCGCGUCCCCCUGUGUGGAUUUCCGGUACAGGGACCCGUGGCCGUGGUUCCUCAAACUGCACGAGUUUCUUCGAGCCUUGAGCCGCUCACGAGUUUCGUUGAGCAUCGAGGAGUUCCCGGUGGUGGGACCGGGCGGCGAUUGCGGGGGCUUUGUGGCGCCGGUGGCGAUCGAGAGCCUGAGCGUAUUGGGAGGCUCGUGUUACUCGAUCCAGGGUUUUCUGAACUGCCUGUUUCGCGUGGUGCGGCCGAGGAACGUUGUCCAGCCGUGGAUUGCGGGCGGCGCGGAAGGUGAUUGGACGAUUAGGGAAGGCAAUCGGCUGACGGAGUUUAUGGGCAGGAGCCUCGCGUGUAGGAAAUUGGUGGAUGUGAGCAUGGAAGCUUGGGACGAGCGUGGGAAUGGAUGGAGUCAGGUGGGAGGAAGGUCGGAGGGAUUUGAGCUGCCCAUAAAUGGGGGAAAUUGGAAGAUUCGGUUUCGAUUGAAGUGGAGAGAGAUGAGCUAUCUGCAUCGCCUCCUGAUAAUUUGA